AAACAAAACAAACUUUUAGAGAUACUCGCAUAUACGGAGUUUGUGAAUUGAGUGAGACUAAAAUCUCUAAGUCAUAGUCAUAAAGUUAUUACACUUUUGAUCACUAAAAAUGUCCGAAAGAAAAGUUUUAAAUAAAUACUAUCCUCCUGAUUUUGAUCCUUCUAAAAUCCCACGACUUCGUCUGCCCAGAGAUCGACAGUAUACAGUUCGACUGAUGGCACCUUGCAACAUGAGGUGCAAAACCUGUGGUGAAUAUAUAUACAAGGGUAAAAAGUUUAAUGCAAGAAAAGAAACUGUUCAAAAUGAAGAAUAUUUGGGAAUCAAGAUUUUUCGCUUUUAUAUCAAAUGUCCUCGUUGUCUUGCUGAAAUUACAUUCAAAACAGAUCCUGAAAAUGCGGAUUAUAUUGUUGAGCAUGGGGCUUCCAGAAAUUUUCAAGCUCUAAAGCUCGCUGAAGAAGCAGCUGCAAAGGAAGCUCGGGAACUAGAAGAAGAGGAAAAAAACAAUCCAAUGAAGUUAUUAGAAAAUCGUACUAAAGCAUCAAAGCAGGAAAUGGAACUAAUGGAAACUUUAGAAGAACUUAAGGAUCUUAAUCAGAGGCAUGCUAAAGUUGAUCUUGAAAACUUAUUGCAACAAAAACAACAACAGUUAAUCAAUGAAAUUAAGCAACAAGAGGAUGAAGAUGAAGCUCUUGUAAGAUCAAUUUUUGGGAAAACUGGAGACCAAACAGUAAAGCGAAUAAUUGAAGAGCCCGAAAAGACUUUCAAGGAAACAAAAUUAUAUAAAGAACCAGAGAGACCAGUAAAAAAGCAAAAGUUAAUAAACUCAACUUUUGGAAUUGGAAUUUUGUCCAAAAAGUCAACAACACCUUUGGUUAGAUUAAAGAAUGAAUGCUCAGAAAAAUCAACAAUGGGGUCUCAAGCCAAUGAACUCAAAUCCUCUAAAUGUGCAUCGAAACCAGUUAACUCAAGCAUAGGGAUUUUGUCCAAAAAGUCAACAACACCUUUAGUGAAAGUAAAGAAUGAUUGUUCGGAAAAAUUGACCACGGAAUCCCAAGUCCAUGAACUCAAAGCCUCUGAAUGUGCAUCAAAACAAGGAACUUCUGUGCCCAGUGCCUUAGGUCUCUUGGGCUCUUAUUCUGAUAGUGAUAGCAGUUGAUAAAAUUAUGUACUUUAA